GGCCCAAUUGAUGAAAGGAGCCCAAUAUUUGGUUUUUUAGGGUUAGCCGUCAUUCACCUCUUUCUCUCUCAUCAGUCCCUCACUCCCUCUCUUUCUCCUCUCCUCUCCUCCCCGUCAUGGCGUCAUUCACCUCUUUCUCUCAUGUCUAUAUUUAUACAUAUUCUUCCGCCAUGGAUGUACAAGUCAAGCAAGAAUACGAAGUUCUCUUCCAACGAAUGCGAGACAAAGCCGUCAAUACUGCUACUCCGUCUUCGGCGCCUGCUCCCGUCAUUGAUUUUAGCGACGACAAUGACACCGGCGAUGUUGGUGCCGAGAAAAGAGCUUUGAGUUCCUUUAAUGGCAGUUUUCCGGCAAAGAAGCAGAAGGUUGGUGAUGGUUCUCUUCCGCCGGGGUUUUUCGAUCCUAUUCCGCCGUUGCCGGAGUCUUCUUUGCUACUUUCACCGCCGUUAGCGGCGGUUCCGUUGAGUUCGCAGGGGAAUAAGCAGUUUUGGAAGGCGGGUGAUUAUGAGGGUGCUCCUUGUGCUAAGUGGGAUAAUAAUACAGGACGGUGCUACUGAGUUCGUGCC